AUGUCUGGGCGAAGCGAGAGCCCGGAGUCCGACGGGGCCGACGAGGGUCGCGCCGGCAGCUCCGACCAACCGCCGGCGCGCAAGCGGCAGCGCGUGCGACUCAGCUGUCUCGAGUGCCGGCGCCGCAAGCUGUCGUGCGAUCGCGGCUUCCCCUGCGAGCGCUGCAUCAAGAGCGGCACGCCGGACCGGUGCAGCUACGAGGCCCGCAACGGCGACGUCGUCAACGCCGCCUCCGGCCUGCCCCCUCCCUUUCCCCAGCUCGACUCCCGAAGGUUCGGCAUCGGCGGCGGCGGCGUUGGCGACGCCGGCUCCGGCUUCUCCCCGCGCGAGGACCAUGACCGCAUCAGGAGGCUCGAGCUGGAGAUUGUCCAGCUCAAGAACCAGCUGGCGCGCCCCGGCGCCGGCGGCUCCUACGACGGCAGCACCGUCGCCGGCACCAACUCGCCGUCCACCCACAAGGACGACGUGCCGGGCGACGGCGGCGGCGGCGGCGGCUGCGACGCUGCGGCGGCGGUGCAGGAGUGCAUCGACGCGGGCAACGUGUGCGGCGAAAAGGGCGAGCUGCGCUUCUUCCGCGGCAAGGGCUUCCGGACGCGCUACUUUGGCCCGCACAACGCCAGCAUGGCCUUUGUCGAGCUGACGGGCCUGUGCCCCUUCAUGCGCGAGACGGCCGACGAGUGGCUGCGGCCCGUCAUCCUGCACGACCGCAAGGACCGCAAGCGCCGCAAGGAGGAGCGCGAGGUGCUCUUCGCGCAGCCCGACGCCUGCCUGGCGGCGCUGCUGCCGACGCGCGAGGAGACGGACGCGCUCGUGUGCGUCUACCUGGACCAGUUUGAGCAGAUCCACCGCAUCGUGCACAUGCCCACGUUCCGCAGCGAGUACGCCGACUUCUGGAAGGCCGGCGGCUCGCGGCGGCACGCGGCCUUUACGGCGCUGGUGCUGUCCAUGAUGGCCGUGGCCAGCUGCGUCCACACGCACAGCAGCCUCAAGUUCAUCGGCAUGAUGUCCAACGCGCGGCACUGGGCGGAGCGGUGGAUCGGCGCCUGCGACGACUGGCUGGCGCGGCAGAGCCAGAAGCACCGCAAGCUCAUCCACUUCCAGGUGGCCUGCCUGCUGUACCUGGGCAAGCGCGUCAACACCAUCAAGAAGAAGCGCUUCUGGACGGGCGCCGGGGCCCUGAUCCAGGACGGCAUCGCCGUGGGCCUGCACCGCGAGCCGAGCCACAUGGCGGGCAACAUCAGCGUCUACAACCAGGAGAUGCGGCGGCGCAUCUGGACGACGGUGCAGGAGUUUGACAUGCAGGCCUCGUUCGACCACGGCCUGCCGACGCUGCUGAGCCAGCUGCACUACGACUCCAACCCGCCGCGCAACCUCGACGACGACGACUUUGACGAGCAGACGACGGUGCUGCCGCCGUCCAAGCCGCAGGCCGAGUACACCUUUUCCUCCUUCCAGAACCUCGCGCGCCACAGCCUGCGUCUGCGCCUGGAGCUGAGCCGCCUCCUGACGGGCCCGCUGUCCGAGAUCGACUACGACCAGGUGAUCCGAUACACAAACGACCUGACGCACGAGAUUGACGCGCUGCCGUCGUGGGACCUCGACACGGACAAGGCCAAGAGCAAGAAGAACCCGCUCAUCGCCUACACGCUGCUGCACGUCCAGCUGCGCCAGUACAUCAUCCCGCUGCACCAGCCGUACCUGAAGCUGCGCAAGCAGAACUCGAAGUACCAGUACUCGGAGAUCAUCUACUACAACGCCGCGCGCGACAUUGUCCUGCUGCACGACAAGCUGUACGAGCAGGGCAUCCGGGCCCUCAACUUCCUGCGCGAGGACGCCCUGACGACGGCCAUCAACCUGUGCAGCGUCACCAUGCUGCAGCCGCGCGGCUCGACCAACAUGAUUAUGAUCAACUCGCACCACACGCUCAAGCUGAUUGAAAAGUGCAUCGGCAUGAAGGAGGAUCGCCUGCUGCAGUGCGGCAACAACGAGCCGUGGGGGUACUCCAUCAUGUGCGCCGCCCUCGGCCUGCUCGAGGCUCACCUGGGCACCAAGACGCCCGAGAUGGCCAAGUCGACGUCGGCCGAGCGGUUCGUCAACCUGCACUACAGGCUGUUGUCGAACCAGGAACCCCCCGUGUCGUCUUCGGCUGACAACCCGCUGCCGGCCACCCCCGUCAGCGGCGCCGCCCUGUCCGCGCCGGGCAUGGGGCCCAGCCCGGGCCUGGAUCUGCCCGACAGGGCCAAGUCUGUCACGCCCUUUAACUUUAACCCGACCAUCUCCUCCGUGUCCGUCGACCCAACCGCCCCAGGGUCGUGGAUUCUUAGCGGUGCCGGCGCGGGCGACCAGGCGCAGCCCUUCAACCUCGACCCGAGCCUGGAGCUGCUGGGCCUCAAUCUGAACGAGCUGUGGGGGGAAUCGUGGGAACUAGGUUAG